GCUUGUCUGUGAUUGGUUAAGAUCCGCGUUGCUAAGACAUCACAAAUAGUUUACUAAUAUGUCGACUCUAUAAUGGCUAAUGUGGCUAACGCUAUCCUUUCCGUGAACAUUUCACGUCAUGCUCUAUCCAUCGUGCUACUUAUUUACUUGGCUAACUCCCAAGACAUUGUUGUUUUCCAGCCGACAUUUCUCGUUGCUUCUGGACCAACCGUCACAUCGUAUCUGCUGGGGAACACCUCAGGAGUCUCCCUGACGCUGAGGCAGGUUUUUCUGUCCAACACGACAGGGAGUAUUGGUUCUCCAUCAUGUGUAGAAGAGGCAACACGAUGGACGCUGGCAACAGAGCAGAUUGGAAAGACUGCAUUACGACUAACUUUGAGAUUCAAUCAAAGUCUACGUUUGUGUACGGAGAAUGAUACAACUGGUGACUGUUGUUCAAAGCCACUGUGUGUCCUGGAAACCCUUCAGGUGUCUGCCUGUGUUGGCAGCACACCCCAGGCAUCACUGCUGAUCCAGGCCUCCUUAUAUGCCCAGUUGUUCCCUACUAAUGCUGGAUCUGAUAACCAGACAGUCAUUCCAAACCAAGUGUACCAACCUCUAGGUGUUUGUCCCUGUGAUCUGACACACAGAGUGUGUGAUGUACGCUGCUGUUGUGACGAGGACUGUUCCAGUGCAGAUUUGAAGCUGGUUGCAUCUCAUUGUCUGCCUGGAUCGUUUGGUGGGCAGGUCUCUCCUGCUCCAGAAUAUCAGUGCUCAGUUCAGUCCUCUGAAAACACCCCAGACUGGUUUCCCUUUUUAUGUGUCCAUUCUCCACCUGAAAACAGCCCAUACCUCGGCCUCUUUUACCAAGGAAACACAGUCUCAUCUAUCCCUGGCCCAUCCUUCCAAAGGCCCAUGUUAAAAGCUCCGGUGCCAGUUUAUGUUCAAGGAAGUCCGAUUGUUACUCUAAAUGGCCAAUUCUUCACAAUCCCUCAGAUGCUCUUUGGUCAGUGUCUGAAAAUGGCUCCCGUGGCUUUUCUAAAGGAUUUCAGUGUUGAGUGUGUAUCUCUUCUCCUCUCCUGUCCCACUGGAGCUCCCUUACAAACACAGCUGACAGAUCUGAGCACAGAAGUUAAAAAUGGCAACGGGGGAGUUGUGGUGGUGAACGUAACUGAUGUCGUGAUCCCUGACGUGAGUGUGUUCGUUUCUGAAAGCAGUGUCGUUAACGCCAUAUCUGAGAGGCUGGAAUGCCCAAAUGUGACCGUAGCCCUGGAUUACAAAUUCUUCUGGACAGGAAAUGGCAUCACGGGUAUCACACUGACACGCACGGUUGGGACUAUCACCUCCAAUCAGAGCGUGAUGCUAACUGCAAGAUAUUCUGCUGCGUUUCUGAACAGAGAAUUCAGGCCUGAGUCCAACUCUGGAAACCCAGGUUAUCAAGUGGGAAAACCUGUUAUUGCUGGUGUUGUGGAAAACGGUACAGAAGUAAUACAGAGGAGAAUAAUGAAUAUUUGGAAAUCAGUGCAUGAUGGACUGUGUUCUACUGCUCAGAAAAAAAUGGUUAUUUUUGGUGAAAAUUCAACUUCCGGUUGCCUGCUUCCUGUCAGCCGACAUGAUCUGACUCAGUGUAAUCUCCUCAGAGAGAAGGUCACUAAUCUACAGGAAACGCUGAUAGCUGCCACUUAUGUGGCAAAACGUGGAAACCCAGAUUUUACCAGUUUGAUGGACUGGGUGAACAUAAGCUACGCGACUCUGAAUUCAAGUGCAGCUAUGGGGAAAGUCACAAGUGCAUGUGAUGGUGUUCCAUCCCACCAACACAUCCAGGUCUGGACUCUUAUCACCGGCCAGAUAGGUGGCAUACCUCAAAGGGAAAUCCAUGCACUGGAAGUCAAUUAUAGCCGGACCACUUGGACACUGGAAUGUGGAGGAGGUGACAUUUCUUCCUGCCAGGACCCAGACACACCUCAGUUGUUCUCCAUCACAUCUUCAGUUACAUUUAUUGACAUCCCAGUUAACACAGGUCCACCCAAAAGCAGAUUUCAGAUCAACUUCACAGAAUAUGACUGUAACAGGAAUGAUGUGUGUUGGCCCGAGCUUGCUUUUCCCUUCACUAGAUAUUUCACAGGUGAGCCUUAUUCUCAGUCGCUGGCUAAAGGCAUGGUCUUGGUAGGAAUGUUUAUUGCAGCCUCGAUCCUUGGGACUCCAUGGAGACAGAUCAGACAGGCAUGGCACAAUGCUGCUCUCUAAAAUAAUUUAAAAAUGGUUGGAAAAGAUGUAAAGGAUGACAUUCAGGCCGAUAAAGGGAAAGUAAGAUUCAAAAGGAUGACUAUCAGUGUGAAAUGCUAUUUUUCUAUUAGAGGUGGUAAAUUAUUUUAUAGUUUUGAAGUGGUUUGUAAAGGGUUGACAGUUGUAAUAUUGCAAUUCUUGGAAAUAAAAAUAUUUUUCUACA